CGCAGCGAGGCAGAGGCGGGGGCCAAGCCCGGAGCCAUGGAGGGGCCUGGCCAGGAGGCCUACGAGGAGAGGACGAGGAGGAGCUUGGACCCCGAGGGCUACGAGGACCCCGGCAUAAAGGGCUCCCACCUAUCGCUGGGGGAGAUGAGCACUCCGUCGGGGACCGAUGUGGACCUGGAGGCGGCAGGGAGCAGGAGGCCUGUGUCCCGGCGGGACACCCAUGAGGGCUACGUGGAGCUGCACGAGCUGGUCAUGGACAGCACGAAGGAGCUGUGCUGGAUGGAGGCCGGCCACUGGCUCCAGCUAGAGGAGGACUUCAAGGAAGCCGGGCACUGGGGCCAGCCCCAUCUCUCCUUCCUGACCUACCGCAGCCUCCUGGAGAUCCGCCGGGCUUUGGCCAAAGGCGCCGUGCUCCUCGACGUGGCGGCCACCUCGCUGGCGGCCAUCGCCCACAUCCUCAUCGACCAGAUGAUCUACGAGGGGCAGAUCAAGCCGCAGGACCGGGAGGACAUCCUGAGGACGCUGCUGCUGCAGCACAAGCACAUGCACACACACGGGUGCACACGCAUGCGCAGCCCGAGCGGGGCCACUAGACCCCAGCUCCCCGAGAAGGUCCCCGAGGAUGCCGAGGCCACGCUGGUCCUCGUGGGCUGUGCAGCCUUCCUGGAGCAGCCGACGCUGGCCUUCGUGCGCCUGAAGGCCGCGGUGACGCUGGACGCCGUCCUCGAUGUGCCCCUGCCCGUCCGCUUCCUCUUCGUGGUCCUGGGCCCCGACACCCCCCAUGUCAGCUACCACGAGAUCGGCCGCGCCGUCUCCACCAUGAUGUCCGACAGGGUCUUUCGCCGGGACGCCUACCUGGCCGAGGGCCGCCAGGACCUGCUGCAGGGGGUGGAGGACUUCCUGGAGGCCAGCAUCGUCCUGCCGCCCACCGAGACCCUGAACGAGCAGCUCCUCCGCAGCCUGGUGCCGCUGCAGCACGAGCUGCUUCGCCGCCGCUGCCCGCCCCCCAUCUUCAAAGACCACCCGCUAAAGCGGCAUUACAACCUGACGGACACGGUCCAGCCCAAGGUGCCGGAGCCCAACACCGCGCUGCUGUCCCUCGUCCUCAUGGCCGGCACCUUCUUCCUGGCCUUCUUCCUCCGCCAGUUCAAGAACAGCGCUUUCCUGCCUGGCAGGGCCCGGCGCUUGAUCGGGGACUUCGGGGUGCCCAUUUCCAUCUUCAUCAUGGCGCUGGUCGACUUCUUCAUCAAGGACACGUUCACGCAGAAACUGGUUGUCCCCAAAGGGCUGGAGGUCACCAACGCGUCCGCCCGGGGCUGGUUUAUCAACCCCAUGGGGAAGGACAACACCUUCCCCAUCUGGAUGAUGUUCGCCUCCGUGGUGCCCGCCCUCCUGGUCUUCAUCCUCAUCUUCCUCGAGACGCAGAUCACCACCCUCAUCGUCAGCAAGCCUGAGAGGAAGUUGGUGAAGGGCUCCGGCUUCCACCUGGACCUGCUGCUGAUCGUGACCAUGGGGGGGCUGGCCGCCCUCUUCGGCGUGCCCUGGCUCAGCGCCACCACUGUCCGCACCAUCACCCACGCCAACGCCCUCACCGUCAUGAGCAAGACCUCCGCUCCCGGCGAGAAGUCCCAGAUCUUGGAGGUCAAGGAACAGCGCAUCAGCGGCUUGUUGGUGGCCAUGCUCAUCGGCGUCUCCAUCCUCAUGGAGCCCAUCCUGAAGCACAUCCCGCUGGCCGUGCUCUUCGGCAUCUUCCUCUACAUGGGCGUCACCUCCCUCUUCGGCAUCCAGCUCUUCGACCGCAUCCUACUCUUGCUGAUGCCGCCCAAGUACCACCCCAGCGAGCCCUACGUCACCCGGGUGAAGACUUGGCGGAUGCACCUCUUCACCUUCACCCAAAUCGUCGUCCUCGUGCUGCUGUGGGCGGUGAAGUCCACCGAGGCCUCGCUGGCGCUGCCCUUCGUCCUCAUCCUCACUGUGCCCCUGCGGCGCUUCCUGCUGCCCAGGAUCUUCCGGGACAUCGAGCUCAAAUGUGUACGUAGCCCCGGCACGAGCUGGGAGCCACUGCGGUGCUGGCCCUGGCCCUGUGCCCGUCCCUGGGUCCAUCCCCAUCCCUCUAACUGUGGAGACCGGCCGGCUCCCAAACUGAUCCUGCCUCGAUCCCCCGACCUGACAGGUAACUGA